CAACAGUUUAUGUGGCAAGAUUCAUUGUACAUCUUUCAAGCAAGAGAAUCUCCCGUCCGAGUUGUAUUUCCAGACUCAAGAUGGAAUUUCAUGUGUAACCACUGAAUUUGAUCUAGGAUCAGAUAUUCCCGAUCCAGCACUGGUUAAUAAAGGCACUUCUUGUGCUGAAGGAAAAGCUUGUAUUGAUUAUACGUGUGUAAAUGCAAGUUUGCUGGGUUACAACUGUGACAUACAGAAAAAGUGUAAUGGUCGGGCGCCUACUUCAAAUUCGGGAAUCUUUACAAUAUCUCACUUUCCAACUUCAAGGCCACCAGUACAAAAUCAAUUUGUUCCACCUCAACAACGGCCUCCCGUACGACCACCAAUGUCACAAAGACCUCCUGUACGACCACCAAUUCCACAAUAUCCUCCUUUAAGACCACCAAUUCCACAACAUCCUCCUUUAAGACCACCUAUUCCACGGAACACACCUUUAAGACCACCAAUCCCACAAAAACCUGUCUUUUCUCCUCCGUCUUGAGGACUUAUAUAAAGACACGUACUCUAUGCCACUAGGAAAAUAUUGUAUUAGUGAAAUGAAUUAAAAUUUUAUUUUUAGAAAUAUACAAAGACCUCAGAUCAAUUUCUAAAACAGGAUUAAAAUUAAACUACCAAAUCAUUAUUUAGGAAAGAAAAUGCUGCCUUAAUUAUUAGACUACAGGAUAUUGCUUUUACGAGUAAUAUCUCAUACCAGUAAAAAAUCUUUUACCCUAACAUAGGGCCAAACUAGAUAUUGUAGUAAAUGUGAUCAGAAACCUUGUCAGACUUAUAAAAUGUAGGACACGUUUGUGCAAUUUUUAUUAGAAGAACGAAGGCUUUUCUUUAGUUGUGGGCCCAAUGAGAUUCCUUCCUUCCUUUCUCUCCUCACUCCUAACAUAUAUUAAUUCUUAACAUUACAAGAAAACACCUAUUGAAGUUAGUGGUGAUGGAAGGAAUAGUUAAAUCUGUCAUAAAAAUUCCCUUGUUGUUGAUCCCUGUAAAAAUUGGGGGAGACUGCUGCUCUUACAUCGAUGACAGAUUUGCAAAUUGUACAGUUGCUCUGAUUUUUUUAAAACGUGCAAUUGGUUCUUUGUAGUCAGUUGGUUUAUUACAUUAAGAAACAAUGUGAAUGGAAUAUAAUGAAGUGAAUGAGUGAAGCACAAGGUGGAAUCAAAAAAUCAAUCAGUGAAAGAAGGGCUGUAGUGUAGUGUUAUCUAUUUGAGAAAAGAUCAGAAAGUGAUGUGUAUUGCCUUAAAAUCAACAAAUGUGACUUGAUAGCACUGUAUUGAUAGCACUGUAUUGUAUUAAGUGUUUAAAAAAAGUGUUAUUGUAAGAUAUUUCUAAAGAUUUUUUCAACUUCCCAGGUAAAACAUGAAUAUAUUGUUAAAUGUUUUCUUCUAACACUGAAAUAGAGGAUACUUCUGUUUUCUUAUCAUAAAUCUGUGAAAGUUAAACAUUUUUAUUUAUAGCUUUAGCUGACCAUUUUGAUAAGUCAUGUUAAUAUUAUAUCAACAUGAAACAAAACAUCAACUUCAUGCUGAAACAUAAUAGGACAUGUUUUCUUAACUAUGACUUAAUGAAAAAACCACAAUUCACUGGGCUCAUUAAGCAUGUCAUAUCAUUUCAGGUUCAUAAUAGUAAUUUGCACCAUUUUUCAUUAAAGUGCAAUGAUGCCACAUUUCUGACAUACCAGUCCUGAUGGUAAUUUUGGUGGAAACAUAAUAUAACAUUUCUGCAUGGAUUCAUUAAACCAAAGAUUUGAUAAAAGACUAGUGUUUUGGUAAGGAAAAGAGCAAUUUGUAUCCUUACAGUGUUACAGCCUUUGUUUAAAGUCACAUCAUAAUCACAGCAUGUAUAAAUACAUAUUUUGAAAAACACAAUGCAUUGGAAAAUUGAAAAAUUGGGCACAAGGUUGAAUAAUUGUUUCCUAAUAUAUGAUUUAGGAGUCACAUAUUAUGAAUAAUCAAUUCAGAUUUGUAAAUCAAGACUAACACAUAUGGUCCACCAAAUUUAAUGAAUGCAUUUAUAUGAUAACGUCUUUCCACUAUCAAGCAUACAUGAAAUUCUAUCCAGAAUUGAUUUACAAAAUGUUUUUGAAAGCUUUUUAAUCUCAUUUUUUUGUAAUAUAAUUGUGUUGAUGAACAAAGGUAUUAUGCUGGAUACAAAUGCCAAAAUUUAGAUAUAAACAUAAUUUGUAAUGUUUACAUUGUCUGAAAACUUAUAUUAAUAUGUAUUUUAGAGACUAUAGAAUAUUUCAAAAUUGAAAUUUUCCUGUAAUCAAUCAAAUUAGUUAAUGGUGCUUCCACCUCUUAAAUCUUUGUACCCGUAUAAAGUUAUUUGCAGUUUUGCACAAAUCACUUUUGUAAUUUAGAGGUAGAAAAAUCAGUUGCACAAUUUCUGUUAAAAUGGCAAACGUUGUGAACCGUUUUGUAAAAAAAAUAAAAUAACUUGACAUACCAA